CUGGCUAGCCACCUAGCUAACGGACCGAGAAAAGCCUCACCGACUUCCGUUACUGUCAGCUAGCUCGCUCCGCUAGCUUAGCCGUGCCGGGUUUGGUCUGAAGGAGGAGAACUAACAUUUAAGAUGGAAACCAGAAGGGGGCUGUAGCCACGGUUCUGGUUCCGGGCGUGGAGCUUUGAACCAAUGUCCAGCCCCGGCCUCAGAUAACACAUUUAUUAUUAAAAGAUGGUGUAGGGUUCGCAUCUGUCGUUUAGCAGCGGCUGGUUAGCUAAGCUAUGGCAGCGUACGUUAUGGCAGCGAUCAGGAAAAAGCUGGUCAUAGUCGGAGAUGGAGCCUGUGGGAAGACCUGUCUACUCAUAGUUUUUAGUAAGGACCAGUUUCCUGAGGUCUACGUCCCCACAGUCUUUGAGAAUUAUGUCGCUGAUAUUGAAGUUGAUGGCAAACAGGUAGAGUUGGCGCUGUGGGAUACAGCAGGACAAGAGGACUAUGACAGGUUGCGUCCUCUCUCUUACCCCGACACCGAUGUCAUCCUCAUGUGCUUCUCCAUCGACAGUCCAGACAGUCUUGAGAACAUUCCUGAGAAGUGGACUCCUGAAGUGAAGCAUUUCUGUCCCAACGUUCCCAUCAUCCUGGUGGGAAAUAAGAAAGAUCUGCGGAACGAUGAGCACACCCGGAGGGAGCUGGCCAAAAUGAAGCAGGAGCCUGUGAAACCAGAGGACGGGCGGGACAUGGCGAACCGGAUCGGCGCCUCUGGAUACAUGGAAUGCUCCGCAAAAACAAAAGACGGAGUGAGGGAAGUGUUUGAGAUGGCCACCAGGGCUGCACUACAGGCCAGGCGAGGAAAGAAGAGCAAUAGAUGCGUCCUACUGUAAAUGGGGGGGCAUGAGGACUGCUUCCUACGAGGGGGGGCAGGGGUAAAAAGAAGGAGAAUUAGGUCAACCCUGCCCCCAGAUACACCCACACGAAAGACUGUUCUCCCCUGUUUUUACUAAAAGUGUAACGCUUAUACUGUUUUGUCUUACGCAAGAGUAGUCAGGUUCUGUCAGUAUUUUGAGGUUCUGGAAAAUACUUUUUUGUACUUUUAACAUAAGUAAAAUCUGCCACAAUGAAGCCUCCUUUAACACUUCUGUAAUCAAAGGGUCAGCUAGGGGACCUGGUGUGUCAUACCUGCCAACUACAAUGAAGUGCUUAAGCCCUGCCUGCUGAUCUGAGGAAUGUCCACAGCCAACCAGGGGGCAGAACCCGCCCGCACACUGUGACCCACACCUUUCCAACCAACUGAUGCACAAGUGAAGGUUAAAAUUGGAGUCUGUGCCUCAUAUUCAAAUUUCUGGUGGCAUUCCCAUAACGGGACCCAUUUUUCUGUUGGUAAAGAUCUUUCAUUUGAGUGAAUCCAGCUUUUCUCACACGUGGAGGGAGCGUUUGAGACCUGAAUGCUUUUGGCACAUGCAUUCCAGAGUUUGGGUUCAGCUCAGUGAUAGUGCAACAUGAAGUGCGCUUAUGAGAUGGUGGGCAUCGCAGAUUGAACACGAGCCUCGCUGCGGUCCCCGUCCAAGGGGCCUGACACACCGCCGAUUUUUCACGAUGAAAUGUUUCAAUCCCCUGAACUACUUCAUCAAAUACCAACCUUAUGUAUCAUUUUAGAACAUCUGCAGUUGGGAAGAAUAAAAUUGUCAGUGCUCCUUGGUGGAAAACCUCUCUUUUGUUACAUUAAAGUCCCACUCCAAUCGUC